UCCACAUAUAUAUUACCCAACAUUUCCAUACAUUUGAAAUCUUUGUCACACACACUAUCAAACACCUUGCUCUACGUCAUUUUCCGGCGACGAUCCCAUUUUCCGGCGAAACCCGGCUGUAGGGAACAGAAACAUCCCGGUUCCCUUUGCCCUUUGGAUCACUCGCCUUCGCAAAAUCAUGAAUCCCGAAUAUGACUACUUGUUCAAACUUUUGUUAAUCGGAGAUUCAGGUGUUGGAAAGUCAUGUCUUCUCCUGAGAUUUGCUGAUGAUUCUUAUUUGGACAGCUACAUCAGCACAAUUGGUGUUGACUUUAAAAUACGCACAGUGGAGCAAGAUGGGAAGACUAUUAAACUUCAAAUUUGGGACACUGCUGGACAAGAACGUUUCAGGACAAUUACAAGUAGUUACUACCGUGGAGCACAUGGCAUUAUAAUAACUUAUGAUAUAACUGAUCAAGAAAGCUUCAACAAUGUUAAGCAAUGGUUGAGUGAAAUUGAUCGCUACGCAAGCGAAAACGUAAACAAGCUUCUGGUUGGAAAUAAGUGUGACCUAACUGACAACCGAGCUGUGUCAUAUGAUACAGCAAAGGCGUUUGCUGAUGAAAUCGGCAUCCCGUUUAUGGAGACUAGUGCGAAGAGUGCCACUAAUGUUGAGCAAGCGUUCAUGGCAAUGGCAGCUGAAAUAAAGAAUAGGAUGGCGAGCCAGCCGGCAUCAAACAAUGCAAGGCCACCCACCGUGCAGAUACGAGGACAACCUGUUAACCAGAAGAGUGGCUGCUGUUCUACUUAGUUGUUGGAUCGGCUAGCUAGAUUUGCUUCCAGAGCGACCUUUCCGAUUGUGAUGCUCUGCCAGUUCCAUUCUUCGUAUCUACCAGUAUUGGCCUGUGCAAAUCAAAAGAAUUGCUAUUUUAAGGACUCUUUCUCCCCUUUUGAUAUGUUCACUUCACUGGGUUUCCUGGUCAAAUUGCAGUGUUUGCAAUUCAGUUUCGGCAAUAUAUAUCAGAAGUUGGGCUACUAGAUGGGGAUGUAAUGCUGUUGUACCUACUAUCAUGUGCUUCAAAUAAAAUGCUCUGUGAUAAUACAAGAACAACAUAUCCGGUAUAAUUUCA